UUUGCAGCCUGUGAAGAUUGGGUGGGUUGGUGCGCACCGUCUUUGGUCCCGAUCAUGGCGCUGGGAAUGAGCAUGACUGAAGCACAGUUCCUCAUGCUUCCAUCGUGGUCGCACCUCGGAGCUGUUCGCCCACCUCCAGGACUGGAGCACAUGGAGACUCCGAGCCUGCAGCUCCAGCUUCUCAAAGCUUUGGAGGUGGCUCCUGUCACUCUGCCAUCUCUGCCGAAGGUGGUGGGCGCCCUUCAACCUCAGAAGCUAACUCAACCUCAGAAGUUCACUCAGAAGUGCGGCUUUUGGUCGGAGGAGUUCGGCUUGCACCCGGACAGCCUGGAGUGGCUCUCCUGCACGAAGAUGAUGAUCCGGAACGUCCCUGCACGCUGCACAGAGCUGGAGCUUCGAGUUUAUCUCAGCACCCAAACGACCGACGACUUUGUCCUUGAGAUGCCCAAGACAAGCCCAGCAAAGUGCAAGGGCUACGCUUUCGUGCAGAUGGCCGACUCAGUAGCCCUUGCUGCCUUGGCAAAAGCCCUGUGGCAGCAGACUGUUCCCACCAGGAAGAGUGCUCGCCCAUUCAAGAUCCACCCAGCAGAGUCUUCAGAGAAGCUUCCUCUGAGCCCAGCUUCUUCGUCUAGUUGUGUCGGAGGCUGCGUUGAAAGUCCAUACAAACUUGUUUGUUCAUGA